CAAUUCCCCACCCAUACAGCGCACGGAAGAAGGGAAGACACCAGAGCAAGGAGGAAGAAGGAGUGAGCGACACCUCAGUAGAGAUGCUCUUAUGCUAGCCAACAGACACGAAAGAAAAACUUCAUGCUGCCUUGCAAGAGAAAAAGCAUCUGAACCUUGAGCUCAUCAAUCACCAGCUGAAGGCAUCCAAGUAUGACGAGGUGAGAUCCGACUAUGACCAGUUGAGACAAACAUUUGCUGUGGUGAGCGAGGAGCGAGACGCAGCCCAGCAGCACAGGAGCCAACUCCAGGUGAAAGUUGAUAACCUGGAGCAGGUUCUAAAGCAUAUGCGUGAGGCUAUCGAGCGGAAGCAGCAGUUGCAGACAGAGCAUGAGCAAAUCUUGGAGGCCCUUCACACCAAGCAGAAAGAGAUCAAUCAGUUGCAGAAGGCUUGGCUUCAAAAUGAUCAGGAGCAUGAUGACGCAGUACAACUAUUAGAGGUCAAAGUUUGUGACCUGGAACAGAAAUGCAGGUCACACAGUGAAAACUUCCACCAGCUGUCCAAAGAGCUGCUGAAUUUCCGUUUGCAAUCAGCGCCUGUGGAGAUCGUAAAAAUUAACCCCAGUUCCGCAUCCCAGACCCGAUCCUUACCAGGGAACAGAGUCCCAACGGUCAUAGCUGGACUUGAAGCCAAAUCAAAGAAAGGUGAUGAGAUUGUGCCACUCCUGAUCUCCCAGUUUUUGCCCUGCGCGUUGUACACCGGGGACGGUGAACCAGACUUGCUGUCUGUCAAAUCCAGCACUGUGACGGACCACCCCAUCAGCUUCCCACAGCUUUCCCUGUUAGAGAUGGAGGAUGAAGCCAGCCCAUCAUCCAGGUCCAAACCUCGCUACACAGGCCAGGUCCGCCUUUGCACUGCCCGCUACAGUUAUAACCCCUAUGAUGGACCGAAUGAGCAUCCUGAAGCAGAGCUCCCCCUUGUGGCUGGAAAGUAUCUGUAUGUGUAUGGAAAGAUGGACGAUGAUGGGUUCUAUGAAGGAGAAUUACUGGAUGGCCAAAGAGGACUUGUUCCUUCCAACUUUGUUGAAUUUGUCCAGGACAAGGACAAACCAGCCGGUGAGGGAGGGGGAGACCUGGGCUCUCUGGACCACAUGCCCCUAGCUUUGAUGUCAGCAGACGGAGGUCCGCCCCAUGAUAACCUCCUAGGCUCAAGCCUCGCCUUGGUUCCUUGUAGUAAUGGAACAGGAGAGCCCUUGGAUCCCGAGGACCUCGCUGAAGACAUUGUGCCUUACCCCCGUAAGAUCAACUUGAUCAAGCAGCUGGCACGGAGCGUUAUCGUGGCCUGGGAGACUCCGUUAGUGCCUUUGGGCUGGGGGAACAUCAAUGGCUACAAUGUAUUAGUAGACGGGGAGCUUCGUGCCACUAUACCAUACACUGGUCGCACCAAAUGUUUGCUGGAGAAGCUGGAACUGGACACGUGUGUUUAUCGCGUGUCGGUGCAGAGCGCGACGGACCGAGGCUUGUCAGACGAGCUGCGCAGCACCUUGCUGGUAGGAGCCAAUGUGGUGGUGGCGCCUUGCGGUCUGAGGGUGGAUGACAUCCAGCGUGACACUGCCGAGCUCUCGUGGUUGCCUAGCAACAGUAACUAUGGUCACACUGUAUUCUUAGAUGGGGUGGAGCACGCAGUAGUAAAGGCAGGAAGGUAUAGACUACGCUUCCACAACCUGAAGCCCCUGACGGUGUACAAAGUGACUGUGGUGGCGCAGCCCCACCAGGUGCCAUGGCAACUGCCACUGGAGCAAAGAGAGAGGAAAGAAGCUGGUGUGGAGUUUUGCACACAGGCAGCAGGUCCAACACCAUUUUGCAUAACAGGUCCACCACUGCCUCCCCACGAUGUUCAGGUGCACUGUGGACAGGGUCAAGGGGUCCUACAGGUUCGCUGGAAGCCUCCCAUCCUUUCUCCCACAGGCACUUCUAAUGGGGCAAAUGUCAUUGGCUACGCAGUCUGCACUAAAGGACAGAGGAUAGCUGAGGUGUUAUUCCCAAUGGCAGACUAUGUUUCUAUUGAACUGACAAGGAUUCAAUGCCUGGAGGCCAGGGAAGUCAUCGUUAAGACUCUGUCAUUACAGGGAGAAUCCCAGGACUCACACGUCGCUGUCAUUCCAAACAACCUGCUUGUGCCUCUACUCCCAAUUCCCCUGCCCCCACCAAUGCACCCUCAUGGAGGCCCCCCUCCACAUCCCCAUGCUCAACCCCACCUCCAAUCCCCUCACCUUCCUCAUCCUACACCCCAACUUCCCGCUCCACCCCAUGGGCAACCGAUACCUACCAAUCCUCCACAUCCACAAACCCUUCCCAGACUGCCUCAUCCGAGCGGGCCCCCCCAACUUCAGCUUCGACCCCCACAUCCCCAACCUCCGCCCCUACAUCUGCAGCCUCGGCCCCCCAACCAGGGUCCCAGACCCCAGCACCAACUGCCUCUGCUGCCCCACCCCCAAACCCACCUUAUACCUCAGAGACCAGUAAGUGCCAGAGACAUAGAUGCCAAAGAGCACACAAUCCACCACGGAGGAGCUAUUCUACCCGGCCAGCCUGGUUGGGACCCAACACGAUCUCCUUCACAACCUCCUGUGCCCAUGCAAGGCCACACUCUUGAGGCUCCUCCCCCUCCCAAUCUUCGCUCACCUUCCCCGCAAAGGAUCCUUCCUCAACCCCGAGGAACUCUCAUUCCGGACACCAUGGCUAAAGCCAUCGCUCGAGAAGCAGCACAGAGAGUGGCAGCAGAGAGUGGCAAGGGAGACAGGAGACAAGAAAGGUAUGGAGAACAGGGUCAUUCCUUUCACCAGCAUCACUCUGACGAGGAAGAGGAAGAUGAGGAAGGAUUUGCGCGUAGCCGUCGGAGAGGACCCUCAGUUGAUGAGUUUCUCAGAGGCUCUGAGCUGGGAAGGCCGCCUCACUAUAGUCACAAUGAAGAUUAUCACAGCGAAAGCAGCCGGGGCUCUGACCUGUCUGACAUCAUGGAAGAGGAUGAGGAGGAACUGUACUCUGAGAUGCAGCUGGAAGAGGGACGGCGACGCAACUCACACAACACACCCAAGACAAACAGUCCUGCUGGGGGCCACCGUGACCGGGACAGUGGGAGACGAGUUCAUCAUGGUGGUUCUCACCCUCAAAGGCGACCUCUAAUGGUCCCAUCUAUUGAUGGCUACAGGGAUCGGGAUCGGGAUCGCCGCUCCCCCACAUACUAUGAUGAGUCUGAACCCGAGGAGCCAUUUCGGAUUUUUGUGGCCCUUUUUGACUACGAUCCUCUGUCCAUGUCCCCCAACCCCGACGCAGCUGACGAGGAGCUUCCAUUCAAAGAGGGGCAGAUUAUUAGGGUAUAUGGUGAUAAAGACACAGACGGGUUUUACAGAGGAGAGGUGAGAGGCAGGAAGGGGCUCAUCCCCUGUAACAUGGUUUCAGAGAUACGAGCAGACGACGAGGAGACCAUGGAUGAGCUCAUCAAACAGGGCUUUCUGCCACUCAGCACACCCGUGGACAGAAUAGAGCAGAACAGAAGAGGCCAACGUCGAGAUCAGGCCUCAACGAGGAUGGUGGCUCUGUACGACUAUGACCCCAGAGAGAGCUCGCCCAAUGUUGAUGUUGAGGCUGAGUUGACGUUUUGUGCCGGUGACAUCAUCGCUGUGUUUGGAGACAUUGAUGAAGAUGGCUUUUAUUAUGGUGAGAUGAACGGUCAUCGUGGUCUAGUUCCAUCUAACUUUCUGGAAGAAGUGCCUGAUGACGUGGAGGUGUAUCUGACCGAUACACCGUCCCAUUACCCCCAGGAAGGGACUCCCAGCCGCCCCCCUGCCAACUCUGCCACUGUAUCAGAGGGAAAACGGGACUUAGGGGUCUUAAAGUUGCAGUUGGUUACCUCAGAAACCACUGACACAGUCAACAACAUCCCCACACCUGUCCGGGCACCAUCCGCCAUCGUUCGCCCCCUCCUCCCAGGGACCAUGAGACUCCUCAGCCCUACAAGGGUCCCCAACAUCCCACUGGACCCCAGGGAUCCCCAAGAUUUGGCAAACAAGAAGAAGAAAGGACUACUAUCAAAGGGAAAGAAACUGCUGAAGAGACUCUCCCCAGUGAAAUGAAAACAAAGAGGCAUAAAUGUACAAUAUAUACUUGGCUCUGUAUAUAGCAUCCACACAGCCAGCUCUGAUCUGAUACACACAUGACAGAGAGGAGAUAAGAUUUGUCUCCUGACUGGCUGAGCCUCAGUGGCGAUACAAACAUGUUCAGAGAUGGAUACAAAUCACGUACAUUUUGAGCAGUGCAGUGCCAAAAUCAUGAGCAAAUAUUACUGUGAUGUAUUUAAAUCAAGUGAACAUUUGAAGAAAAGAAAAAAAAAGAAAACUAGGAUUUUCAUGACAUGUAUUUUUCCUGUUUAUUACAAGACAAAAUAAACUUUACAGUUAUUUAAAGCAGGGUAGCUGUGAAAACAAACCAUCUGGUUAUACAAGUUUCCAAAAGGCUUUUCUCAGCAAAAGAAAAAAAAAAAAAAGCUAUGGUGGCUGCUAACUAAAAUUUUAUUCAGUGCAAUAUUAUGGGGGAAGUGGUAGCUUUUUCUCUUAUGAAAGGAAUUUUGGCAAGAAUAUCAGAUUGGCAAGAGGGCAUUAAACACCAGGCGAGCUUUGCUGACUCAGUGGCCUUUAAAACAAUAUGGGGAUGACAUUCCUGGUUUGAUUAGAAACCACACUUAUACCUGGUGUCUGUUUUAUAACAGGUCUCCAGUGCUUUGUCAUCAUUAAGGACUGAAUUAGAACAGUAAUAUCUGUUGUCUUGCUGUCAAACUGUCAUGAAACGCCUAGUUCAAGACACAAUUAUGCGUCUAUCUUCCUAUUGCACAAAGGUGUGUGUGUGUGUGUGUGUGUGUGUGUGUGUGUGUGUGCUGUCUGAUGACUGGUUAAUGACAUACUGUGUGUGCCUGUGUGUAUGUAAGGCAGGACGUGAUGCAUAAAUUUAUGUUUUGCACUUUCACAUUUCUUGUUCACCUCUUUUUUAAUUUCUGAUGACCAAGUCAUGUAGUUAAACGGUCUUGUGAUCUAUAGUGAUGUGCUGCUACAUUCAUUGCCACUGCAUUGUUUAGUUUGCUUGUGCCAUGCAGAUAUUACAGUUAGUGGGACUCACUGAAGCCACAUAAAAACUUAAAAUCAAAAUUUCAAAGGCUGCAGUGUUGUCUGGUUUUGUUAUAUGAUGUUUGUAGAAGAAUUAUGAACUUGUAUAACUUGAGUUUUGUAUUGCUUACAUUUAUAUUCUACUUGCACUUAUAACAUAUGAAAGUACAAUAUAAAAAAAACUAAAUGUGUGUUAAACAGCUUAUACAUGAUUAUUGCAGAGGAACGUGGCACAUACCUGAAUAAUUUACAAUAACAGCCCUGGAAUUACAAAUCAAAAGAAGA